UGAGUGCCUGGUGCUGACUCUACUGGUGGUUGAUGAAUUUAAAAUUUUUAUUACAAUAAUAAAUUGUAAUUACACAGAGUAGAACAUUUAAUUUAUUUAAUAAUUAUUAACAGUUUUAUGUUUGAUUCUUAGACUGUGUCAUAUAGGCAACCUGGUAGACGGGCAGUUCACUUUAAAUAAAGUUGUUUUUCUGAUGUUUAUGAAUUCAUAGUAAAAUAUUAUCAAGUAUUAAAAUUGACUUGAGUUUUAAAUGUAAUUACUUAAUUUUGAGUACAUAUAAAUAUGAAAGGCUAUAAGAUAACUAAUUGUGCACAAGAUAAAAGAAUUGGUGUUGUUGGUAAUUCAUUGAAAGAAGUUUUUACUAAAGGAUGUCAGAAAUUAAAGUUAGAUGGUGUAAAUGUGACUAUGAUGACACUUGACGGUACAGUGAUAGACGAUGAAGACUAUUUUCAAUCGUUACCAGCACAGACAUUAUUAAUAUUUCGGUUAGAUGGGGAAACUUUUGAAACAGGGGCAGAUUUAGUAUAUAAUGUGCUUGCAGCUAUAAAUAAUGACACAUUAAAAACUUCCAUUAAAAUAAAAUCAUUUAUGAAUGAAAACAUUAAAGAAAAAAUAAGAAUAUUAUCUUCAGUUCUGGAUGUAGAUCAUAAUAAACAAAACAAUUUAUUAUCAUGCAGUCUAAGAUCAAAAGAUCCAGAAUGGUUUCAAGAUUUGGACACUAGGGCAAAAACAAAAGAAGAAUUCAUGUUCAAACGUUGCCAAGAACGAAUUCGGAGUUACAUGUACAAAACAAAAACCGAUAUGAUGAAGUCAGAUUUUUAUUUGCAACAUAAAAAUUGCAGGCAGUAUUUGGAUGAAGUAUAUAAACAAUUCAGUGAACUUUUAACAAAAAACAAAUAUCAUGGAUAUUAUUUUGAUAGAUCAAAUUCAAACUGUUUAUGUGACAUGACUGGGACAUUUAUUUGUGAGGGAGCAUGGAAUCAGUCUGUUUGUUCUUAUGAACGUGGUACUGGUCACAAAAUCAAUCCAUACCAAAACAGAGAGAGUAGAAUUAUAUUUUCUACUUGGAAUUUAGACCAUUGGGUGGAGAGAUCUAGAUCUGUAAUACCAGCACUGUUUGAAGCUAGUGUAAUGGCAUCUAAAGUUGGCUGUUCAAUUAAUAUGAACUAUUUCUAUGAUUUGCUUUUCACAACAGUUAAUCUUAAACUCGUACAUAUUGUAUGUCAUGAUAAAGGUCAACACAACGGCGCUAAAUGUGAUCCAAGCUUGUAUUUAAAAGAUCAAAAGACUGUUAAUGACUAUGUCAAUAAUCAUUUAAAAAAUGAUUAUCAAAACAAAAAAAUUUCAAAAAUCCAUUAAUAACUAAUAAUUAUGUGUUGUACGAAAUGUAGAAUAAUGGAUUUUCAGCAAACAUCUAAGAUCAAACUUUAAUCUGGGAAUUCAGCUAUUGAAAAAUCAAAUUGGCUUUUCUGAAGGAUAUGAUUAAUUAUAAUUUUUUCAUCCUAUGAU